CACAGACACACCUAAAGGCUAUUUUCUCUCUCAGGGGAAGUUUGACAAGGGGCGCAGUAUACUCAGGUUUAACGGACCUCGGCUCCACUGAUGUAAAAAAGAAAAAGAAAAAAAAGAGAGAGGGAGGGGAGGAAAGGGUUUUGAUCACAUGGUCAACGAAGUCAUUGUGAAGGCAUGCCAUCAGGGCAGUGCCCACACAGACCGGAGGAGCUGCUGAGGCGAGGAGCUGCUGAGGCGAGGAGCCGCGUCCAUGCAGGCAGCAUCACUCUCGGGGUUUGGAGUCGAUCAGGAUCGCCGGGCCCGAGGAAACAAAAACACACCGGCGAGUGGGUGACGAGGGCAGAAAUGUCGGUUCACAGCACCAGCUCGCCUCCCACACACAUCAACGUCACACCGUGGGAUGCCUCCACCGCGGCAGACAUCAACUCCACCGCGGCGAACACCUCCACGCCUGCUUCCUCUGCGCUGGAGGAGAUCGGAGCGAACAACAUCAUCUCCAGGUGCAACAACGUGUACAGCCUGAUCGCCGCCGUGGGCCUGCUGGCCGGCUGCUUCCUGCUCUACAGCUUCAUCCAGACCUACCGGGCGCACCGGCGGCUGGCGUGGCUGGACUGCCUCCUCUGGGUCUUCUGCGGCGUCCAGCUGCUGCUGCUGCUGCUCUCGCUGCACGCCGUGGCCCACAGGCCCUACUACCUGAGGGCCGGCGCUCUGGGCUGCGCCGCCCUCUCCUUCGCCGUCAACGUGGCGUCCCUGUGCGGCCUGCUGGUCCUGGUGCUCAUGGCGUACGUCCUGACCCUCGACCCGCCGUCCCACGCCCUGCUCAGGAAGCCCCGGGUGUGUGCGGCGGGGGUCGUUCUGACCUCGGUGCUGAUCUCCCUGCUGCUGGCGGGGCUCCGUGGGCCCAGCGCUGGCUUGGAGGAAAUAAUCAACUGUUCAGUGGAUCCGGUCCAAGCCGGCGUUUCAUACGCAGCUGCUAAGCUGUGCACGGUGUUUCUGGUUCCCUACAUCUUCCAGCUGGGACUGCUGGUCAGCGGCUGCGUCCGGCAGUGGCGGUCUAACGGACGCUUCCUGUCGGGCUCUGAGGAGGGUCCCAUGUUCCUGACGGUCACUGCGGUCAUGUUCCUCUGCCUGCUCUUCCACAGCGUGGUGCUGGUGAGCGCAGCCCAGCAGGGGGGCGGCGGCGAGCCCAGCCACGGCCAGCGGGCGCUGCUGAGCGUGGCCGAGUCGGCGCUGUUCUCGGGGAGCGCCGUCAGCCUGGUGCUGGUGCUGCUCAUGCACCGGCCGUGUCGGGAGAGUCUGCACGGCGUGCUGAGGCAGCUGAGGGACUGCUGCCGGAGCCCCGGCCGCACGCAGACUCACAGGAACAUCAUCGCCCCGCACAUCGAGAUCACGGACACUCUGCAGGACAUCGAAUCCUAGAGCUCCGGGGAACCUCGGACUGCGCACAAAUUCCCUCAGAAUGCUUUUUUGUUGGUGUAAAUAUUCUCACCGACGAGCAUUUUCCUUCUACUACAGUGACUCCUUUUUAUCUUAAUCAACUAAACAGAAAAACGCUGUAUAUCGCUCAGAGACCUCAUUGUCACUACAAUAAAAGUAGUUCCAAGUAGGAUGGUUAUUGUUGCUAUGUAUUCAAAAUAGAACAAG